AUUUGGGUAUUGCUGAUUGAAAUAAGUUUAUUUGGAUAGGGAGAGUGUCAUGAGAUGCAUACAGCCAAAGGCAAAAGGGAUGGGAAUGCAGGCGAAAUAGAAUGGGCCAUCAGCGGUCAUUACCAUUUGAUGGCAUCAAAUCAGGCUAUUGCAGUUCUUGAAAAACGACAAGUUUUAGUUUGUAAGCCGAGCAUCGUGUCAAAGGCCAAGCAAAUGACGUCUUGCUUAAUUGACGUAGCAGCGGAUUUUGUCAACAGGUCGGAUUGUUGCUGCGAUACAGAAACACGAGCAAUGUAUGUUCAUGCCAUUCAGUCCAGUAUACAAUCUACCAGUGGUUCCAAAAAACAUCAAGCAUCCAAACAAAUAAACCAACCACAAACGUGUCGAGUUUUAUGCAAGUAUCUCCAAACACAUGAUGCACUAAUGGUGAUGCUUGCUGGCAAAUUUUGAUUUUUUUUCCGUUCUCAUCCCUUUUGUCUUUAACUGUAAAGGGUAUUGACUGUGACCGCAUGAUCACAUCAACUCGCCAUCCAAAACUGAUUUUGGACCACCGAAUUGUUUUAUUUCUAUUGAAACUGCUAAUAAUUAUCCAGCUAUAGCUCUAGGUUUUGGGUUCUUAAUCCCUAGCCGAACGUAGCUUUGCUCUUCCCAUUGGACUUUGAUAUACUAUUCCGUUAUUUCCAACCAUUCGUCCUUUGGC